AAAAAAAUUACGAUAUAUAUAUAUAGACUUUAGAUUUAGACUCGAAGCGCCAGAGAAUUCUUAUAUUUUCGCCGGAGUGUUGGAAAAGCUACGUCCUGGCCUGGGUAUUAUUUGCUUCGAUUCCUUCCUUCAUUUUCCGAACUGUAACCUUCUCUGUAAGUUAACUAGGGUUUUCGCUGAUCAAUUAGAUUGAUCCUGCUGGCGCAACAGAAACUCAUGUCAAAGCACAUAUGGACAACUGUGGAAGAAUGAGGAAUAUGAAGUCAUAUUUUCAGAUGAUAUUCAGGUUGAUGAUGCAAUUUUUAGAUGUUGGAAUGGCACCUAGGUGUAUGAUCCUAGAAAUUUAUCGGAACUAAUUCAUCCUGUUGCCCUUGGCAACUCAACAAUUCUAAAUACCAUUACAGUUUCAUCAUUGUGGAUUAUAGUUGAGUAAUGGAUGAUGAAAGAGAGUUUGAAACGUUUCUUCAUAGUUGGAAUGCUAAGAAUCCUUCUGACAGGCUUUUCUUUGUCUCCUGCUUUAUCGCUGCUCUAGUUGGAAUUUUGACCAUAGCCUAUACAGCCUUUCAGUGGAGGAGAAACAUCAAUCUAAGUUGGAUGAAAGCCAUAGCUAGAUCUAAGAAAAACCCAAAGGCAAGGCACAAAGUACCUGUGGCUCCGCAUAAUUGGGUUCUAGAAUCUGCAUCUCGUGGAAAGAAUUUAAACUGCUGUGUGUGUUUGAAGUCCUUGUCCCUCUCUCAAACACUAGGUCCUAUGUUGGCUUCAGAAAGUUUUCUUCAUCAGUGCAGUAUUUGUGGGGCAGCAGCUCAUCUGAGCUGUUCUCCUAGUGCUCACAAGGACUGCAAAUGUGUCUCUAUGAUUGGAUAUGGGCAUGUCAUGCACCAGUGGGCUGUUCGUUGGACGGAUGUUGCAGAUCAACCUGAUGAAACUUCUUUUUGUAGCUAUUGUGAAGAGCUUUGUGGAGGGUCUUUCCUCGGUGGUUCUCCAAUAUGGUGUUGCUUGUGGUGUCAAAGAUUGGUGCAUGUUGAUUGUCAUAGUAGCAUGUCUAAUGAAACUGGUGAUAUAUGUGAUUUAGGCCCAUUUAGAAGAUUGAUAUUGUCCCCACUAUAUGUCAAGGAAUUGCACUGGAAUUUGCCAGGGGGUUUCUUGAGCUCAAUUACUCAUGGGGCAAAUGAGAUAGCAUCUUCGGUACGUGCAAGUAUCAGGAAUCAAAGCAAAAAGUACAAACAUGGAAUUGAACCCUCAAAUGAAACUGGGAUCGGUGAUGCUGCUUGUGAAACGUCCACAGAAAGCAUUGGUGAUGUUCAUCAAAAAGUCAAUGGUCAUUGUGAAAUGGAUGAAAACUGUAAUGGUCAUGUGAAUAAAGAGUUUCAACACCAAGAUGGUGAAGCAAUUCAAAUAAGUAAUAAGAUGGAUAAAAAACCCAGUUUGAGGCGCACUUCAUCAAACAGUCAGAAGGAUGAAUUCCACAUAUUGGGAGUGAAACAGCAAUACGAAUUGAUUGAUUUGCCAUCAGAUGCAAGACCAUUGUUAGUUUUCAUAAACAAGAAGAGUGGUGCACAGCGUGGUGAUUCACUUAGGACACGUCUGAAUAUACUUUUAAAUCCUGUUCAGGUUUUUGAAUUGAGCUCAUCACAGGGGCCAGAGGUGGGGCUAUAUCUAUUUAGAAAAGUUUCUCACUUUAGAGUUCUUGUAUGUGGGGGAGAUGGUACUGUUGGUUGGGUUCUAAAUGCAAUAGACAAGCAAAAUUUUGUUUCACCUCCCCCCGUUGCUAUUCUUCCUGCCGGUACAGGAAAUGAUCUUGCAAGAGUUCUCUCUUGGGGAGGUGGUUUGGGUUCUGUGGAGAGGCAGGGAGGCCUUUGCACAUUUUUGCAUCACAUAGAGCAAGCUGCGGUUACUAUUCUUGAUCGGUGGAAGGUGGCAAUUGUUAAUCCGCAAGGGAAGCAGCUCCAACCACCAAAAUUUAUGAACAACUACCUUGGAAUUGGUUGUGAUGCAAAAGUUGCCUUGGAAAUUCAUAACCUGCGAGAGGACAAUCCGGAGAAGUUUUAUAACCAGUUUAUGAACAAAGUGCUAUAUGCAAGAGAAGGUGCUAAAGGUAUUAUAGAUAGAACCUUUGCAGAUUUCCCUUGGGAGAUUAGAGUUGAGGUGGAUGGUGUUGAAGUUGAGGUUCCUGAGGAUGCUGAAGGGGUGCUGGUUGCAAAUAUUGGAAGUUACAUGGGAGGUGUAGAUUUGUGGCACAAUGAGGAUGAAAACUAUGAUAAUUUUGAUCCACAAUCUAUGCACGAUAAGGUACUUGAGGUUGUGGUCAUAUCUGGAACAUGGCACCUUGGCAAGCUGCAGGUUGGGCUUUCUCGGGCUCGAAGACUUGCACAAGGACAGUCAAUCAAGAUACAGUUGUGUGCUUCAUUUCCUGUUCAAAUUGAUGGGGAGCCUUGGUUUCAGCACCUCCCUUGUACAUUGUUCAUUACUCAUCAUGGCCAGGCCUUUAUGCUGAAGAGAGCGUCUGAAGAACCUCUAGGUCAUGCGGCUGCAAUAAUCACUGACGUGCUAGAAAAUGCAGAAACAAAUCAUGUAAUCAACGCUUCACAAAAACGAGCUCUUCUUCAAGAAAUGGCACUGAGGCUGACUUAGACACGUAUUUUCUGAGUGAUAAGAGAUUUUGUAGCUGCUGUUUUGAGUGUGUGUGUGUGUGUGUGUGUUUUGUAUACUCUCUUGUUCUUCCUUUUCGUUUUUUUAAACAUCGUAGUCUGAACUUCCUGCUGCUUCCGAAGCAGGCCAUUAUACGAAUAUUAUAUAUAACGAAGAGAAAGAAUGGAAAUCAGAUAGCUUGCUGGAACAAAUCAUGUAAUUCAGGCUUCACAAAAGCGAGCUCUUCUUCAAGAAAUGGCACUGAGGGUGCCCUAGAAUUUUUCACCGUUCCACCGAGUUACGAGAGAUUUCGUAGCAGCUCUUUUGAAAUAUAUAUAUAUAUAUAUAUGUAUAUAUAUUACAUGCCCUUUGUCUUCUUCCUUGUCGGUUUCGAAACAUCAUAGCCUGAACUCUGUUUCUCUGGAGCAGGCUUUUACGCGGACUGUGUAUUAAUGAAGAGAGAGAAUGAAAAUCAGAUAGUUUUUUGUU